ACUUUGGAACCUCUUAGAGAAGACACUCCGUGUUUGCAGCCAGUCGGUGGUCUAUCGGUCAAAGGGGAAUCCAGAGAACAGCGAAUCUAGUUUGUCACGAGUCUAGUCUUAUUGUGUGUGAGUGAUUUUUCUGUUGAUAGCGGAAAAACCGUAGGCAUCAUGUUGAGAAGUGGCUCCCGACUCACCAAGGCUUUGAUCUCGCGGAAACUCGAGAACGAAGCGGUAUGCAUCGCCUCCACGCGCCAGCUGAAUCUGCUAGAGAGCGACUCGAUGAGCAUUUUGAAGGAAAAUGGCGUCAAGGUCCCCAACUUCGGAGUGGCCACCACUGCAUUGGAAGCCCGUAAGAUCGCCGAAUCUUUGAAGGCGAAGGACUUUGUUAUCAAAGCCCUCGUGCUCACGGGAGGCCGAGGUAAAGGACACUUCGAUUCUGGACUUAAGGGUGGAGUUCGGACCGUUUUCACCCCCGAAGAAGCUGAAAAGCUCUCUGCUCAGAUGAUAGGUCACAAACUCAUCACGAAACAAACCGGCGAAAAAGGAAUUCUAGUCAAUAAGGUCAUGGUGAGCGAACGUCUCUACAACCGCCGAGAAUAUUAUUUCGCCAUCAUGAUGGAACGUAGCGUAAACGGACCCAUGAUUGUCGCCUCGUCUCAAGGAGGUGUCAAUAUCGAGGAGGUCGCGAAAGAGAACCCUGACGCCAUCCUAACACUGCCUCUGAAAUAUGGAAUCAAGAAAGAUGAGGUUCGCGACUUCUGCCAUCGGCUCGGCUUCGAAGGCCAAAGUCUAGAAGAAGCUGUCGUCAUGGUUGAGAAGCUUUACGACGUCUUCUGCAAAUAUGACGCAACCAUGAUCGAGAUCAACCCGAUGGUGGAAGACAACAAUGGAACUGUUUACUGCCUCGAUGCGAAAUGCCGCUUCGAUGACAACGCAGAGUACCGACAAAAGGUCUUGUUCGGUCUUCGUGAUUGGGGGCAGCAGGAUCCCCGCGAGAAGCAAGCGGCCGACUCAAAUCUCAACUUCAUUCCUCUCGAUGGAGACAUCGGGUGUCUAGUCAAUGGAGCUGGACUCGCCAUGGCAACGAUGGACAUCAUCAAACUGCAUGGGGGCAGUCCUGCAAAUUUCCUCGACGUGGGUGGAGGCGCCACCGCCCAACAGGUCACCGAGGCUUUUAAACUCAUCACCAGCGACGAAAAGGUGCAAGCCAUCCUCGUGAACAUUUUCGGAGGAAUCAUGCGCUGUGACGUGAUUGCAGAGGGAGUCAUCAAAGCCGCUGAGACUUUGCAACUGAGAAUACCGAUUGUUUGCCGGCUUCAAGGCACCCAGGUCGACGAUGCCAAGGCUCUGAUAGCUGCCUCGAAAUUGAAGAUCAUCGCAUGUGACAAUUUGGAUGAAGCUGCCAAGAUGGCUGUCAAGCUUUCCCAGAUCGUCGGACUUGCUAGGAGCGCCGAGAUCGACGUCAAAUUCGAAUUGCCCUUGUAGGUAGUGAGAAUGAAGUUUCGAGUCGAAAGGACUCGAGACAACCAAACGAAUGAGUCUCGAUGCCUACAGGAAUACAGAACUGGUGUUCCAAGGGUGACCGCUCUGCAGAGCGAGAUUCAUCAUCGAAGCUCCGUCUCAAUUUUCAUCUCGAAGUACCAUGGAUGCAUUGGAGGUUCCCAAAGGAUUGCGAACACGUUUUACACUUUUCAAUAGUGAGAGUUGUCGACUGUCGUUUUUCGAGAAUGCAUCUGGAAGUGUCAGGCCGUGAAGCGUCGUUAAAGUUUCCGUUGUGGUCUUCAGAAUUUCCCGCGCACUCCAUAUCGUCGAUAAUUCGUUCCUGGUCUGCGAUAUGACGCAUCUGUUACUAUUACAGUUAUCGAGCGUUGAAACCAAAUAUUUAAAAACAAAAACAAGUCCUGCAGAUGAUAAGAAAGACAAUUUUUUCUCGAUGUGUUUUCCAGUGAAUGACAAUAAAUGAGGCUAAUGCUGCUUGAAGAAAAA